CAUGCAUCCUAUAUUUCUUGGUAUUUAUCAAACGUUGAACUUAAUUUGUGAUCAAAGAAAUUCGAACGCAAAAGAAGAAAUCAAUGAUGGCUUUCAAGAGGAAUUCGAAAAUGAUGAUCUGCACAUUCGUGUACUUGACCCUCACAUUACUGUCUUCUUCUGCAAAACCAUCCUCAGCCAAAAUAUUCAAGAGGAUUUAUGCAUUCGGUGACUCUUUCACGGACACCGGAAACACCCACUCCGCCACCGGCCCCAGCUCCUUCACUUACGUAUCCAACCCGCCCUACGGCCGAACCUUCUUCCACCGCCCCACCAACCGAUACUCCGACGGCCGCCUCGUCAUCGACUUCCUCACCCAAGCUCUCUCCCUCCCCUUCUUGCCGCCCUACCUCAACCCCAACGCCGACAGAUCUUACGGUGUCAACUUCGCCGUCGGUGGCUCCACUGCCAUAGACCACAGGUUCUUCGUGGAGAACAACCUGAGCCUAGACAUUACCCCUCAAUCACUGAAAACGCAGCUGACAUGGUUCAAUAGCUACUUGGAAAGUGUGGGGUGCAGAGACUACAAAUCAACACCAAAGCAGUGUGGGGCGGUUUUUGAAGACGCCCUUUUUUGGGUUGGUGAGAUUGGGGCCAACGAUUAUGCAUACACCCUCGGAUCAAACGUUCCUGCCACAACUAUUCAGCGCCUUGCUGUCUCGACUCUUACUACCUUCAUACAGGCAAUGCUGAAGAAGGGCGCAAAGAAGAUGGUGGUACAAGGGCUGCCUACCACGGGCUGCUUAACACUAGCCCUCUACUUGGCCCCGCCAGACGACAGAGACGCCAUGGGGUGCGUAGCCUCCUCCAACAACCAAAGCUACGCCCACAACGCCAUUCUCCAAUCCAAUCUCGACAUCCUCCGCCGACGCUUCCCCCAGGCCACCAUUGUGUACGCCGACUACUGGAAUGCCUACAAGUCCAUCCUCACCAAUGCCAAACGCUACGGCAUCACACAGCCCUACCGAGCCUGUUGCGGUUCUGGGGACGCCGCCUUGAACUUCGACGUUUUCGCCACUUGCGGCUCUCCCACUGCCGCAACAUCUUGCCCGGACCCCUCUCAGUACAUUAAUUGGGACGGCGUUCAUCUCACCGAAGCAAUGUACAGUGCUGUUGCAGAUCAGCUUAUCAAUGGCACCUUUUCUCAUCCUCCCUUUCGUUCCUUGCUGCGGGCCGUGCCGCUCAGCAAUUCCACAAGUUAAGCUAGCUAUUUAAUGGCACCUUCUCCCAUCUAUCUUAUUCCCUAGCUAAUUAAACCCCAACUUUUGGAGUUUUGUUUGUCUUGUAACUUUGCUUACUUUCAAAUUUUAUCAUGUACGGAGUAACUAAUAACUUUAUACUUUGGUGUCGUCUUUU